AACCCACAGUUCAUGUUUGCACAUACGUGAACGCUUUUUGGAUCCUGUGUUUCGAGGAGAGUGUGGGCUAUUCUGCGAGGAACACACCAAGUUCGGCUGGACACCUUUAAAUUUCGCUCUCCUCGCCUGCGGCAGCUUUUCUGAGCUCAGAUGCAGAUCCUCGCAUCCUCCUGCAUGUGCUGCAAAAAAACGCCGCUUCGGCUAUAGUGCUGAGUCAUGGAUAGUCGUCUUACAUUGUUGAAAUCGAUGGCACUUCAAGGGUAGUCUGUAGGUCCUUGCUCCAGCGAAACAAUUCCCCAUGAUCGCGCGAGCAUAUGUAUUUUUGUAUUUAGCUUAAAGCCGUAGCGGUUGUGAGCGCGCAGCAAUUGCUGACCUGAAUCGUGUUUUAGGAUGAUUGCUGCGGCGUUUUUGGUCUUGUUGAGACCGUAUAGUAUUCAGUGUGUACUGUUAUUAUUGCUGCUAUUGCUCGGAACUAUCGCUACAAUUUUGUUUUUCUGCUGCUGGCACCGCAAGCUUCGUAGCGGGAAACAUCCCAUCAAAUCUGUGCUUUCUGGGCGUUCGAGGAGCCGUGAAGCUGGUUUCCGGACGCAUCAUUUUCGAUCUGAGUGUUACCGACAUAGCCCUCGCCAUGCCAGAAGGAGCGCGCGCGUUCGAGUCGCAGAAGAGGCCAAGCCACUCAUAGACGUUCCCGAGAGCGACCAAGACGGAUCAGCUCUGAGGAAACGCAAAGUGAAGAAGAGAGUCCAGCCGGAGUUUUACCACUCCGUGCAGGUUACCCCGACACGCAAACCAAGCUCCGGGUCUGGGAACGCUUCCCUCCGCUGUUCCAUGUCUUCAUCUGCGGAUUUUUCUGACGAGGAUGAUUACAGUCUGAAAUCUGGGUCGGUAUCACCGGCGCCCGGGGACACGUUACCGUGGAACCUACCCCGACAUGAGCGCUCAAAGAGAAAAAUUCAGGGAGGAUCAGUGCUGGAUCCGGCCGAACGAGCCGUGCUCAGAAUAGCUGAUGAAAGAGACAGAGUACAGAAAAAGACCUUCACAAAAUGGAUAAACCAGCAUCUCUUAAAGGUACGAAAGCACGUGAACGACCUGUAUGAAGACCUCCGAGAUGGACACAACCUGAUCUCCUUGCUGGAGGUCCUGUCAGGGGAAUCUUUGCCCCGGGAGAAGGGUCGAAUGAGGUUCCACAGGCUGCAGAACGUGCAGAUAGCGCUGGACUACUUAAAGAGGCGGCAGGUCAAACUUGUCAAUAUCCGGAACGAUGACAUCACCGACGGGAACCCGAAGCUAACCCUGGGGUUGAUAUGGACCAUAAUCCUGCACUUUCAGAUUUCGGACGUCCACGUCCCGGGGGAGUCGGUGGACAUGACGGCCAAAGAGCGGCUCCUGCUGUGGUCCCAGCAGAUGGCGGAGGGGUACACCGGCGUCCGCUGCGACAACUUCACGUCCUCCUGGAGGGACGGAAGGCUCUUCAACGCCAUCAUCCACAAAUACAGGCCGGACCUGGUGGACAUGGGCAGGGUCUCGGCUCAAAGCAGCCGGUCCAACCUGGAGCAGGCCUUCUGCGUGGCCGAGCAGCUGGGCGUGGCCAGGCUGCUGGACCCCGAAGAUGUGGACGUGCAGUCUCCUGACGAGAAGUCGGUCAUCACGUACGUUUCAACGCUGUACGACGUCUUCCCAAAAGUGCCCGAGGGCAUGGAGGGAAUCAGCGCGAAUGACGUGGAUAUCAAGUGGGUGGAGUAUCAGAACAUGGUAAAUUACCUCAGCCAAUGGAUCAAGCACCAUGUAGCAGUCAUGUCCGACAGAACCUUUCCCAGCAACCCUGCGGAACUCAAGGCACUUUAUACACAGUAUUUACAGUUCAAGGAGAAUGAAAUCCCAAUAAAGGAAAACGAGAAGACCAAAAUCAAGCAGCUUUACAAAAUGCUUGAGGCGUGGAUCGAGUUCGGCCGAAUCCAUCUGCCGCACGGCUACCACCCCAACGACGUGGAGAAGGAGUGGGGGAAGCUGAUCAUCGGCAUGCUGGAGAGGGAGAAGAGCCUGAGGCCGGAGGUGGACAGGCUAGAGAUGUUGCAGCAGAUCGCCAACAGGGUCCAACAGAACUGUGUCCUCGGGGAGGACAAGUUAGCCCUCGCUCGGGGUGCCCUGCAGGCAGAUACAAAGAGGUUGGAGUCGGGGAUUCAGUUUCAGCAUGAAGCGGAAAUCGCCGGAUACCUGUUGGAGUGCGAGCACAUCCUACGGCAGCAGGUGGUGGACAUCCAGCUUCUGCUAGACGGGAAAUUCUACCUGGCCGACCAGCUUGUUCAGAAGGUGUCCAGUCUCCGUGACGACCUCCUGACGCUGCGCGGGGAGUGCUCCUCGGUCUACAGCAAGGGGCGCACGCUGACCUCCGAGCAGACCAAGAUGAUGAUCUCGGGAAUAACGCAGAGCCUCAGCUCGGGCUUCUCCUCCAACCUCAACAUGGGGCUGACCGGUGGCGGGUUAGCGGGCGGGUUAGCGGGCGGGGGCCUGGGGGGCGGCGGCCUCACCUCCGGCCUGAGCCAGACGUGCCUGCCCCCAUCCCUCCCCUCCAUGGUGGCCCCCUCGCUGCAGCCCGCGGGCCUGCCGGCCUACAUGGGGGGCGUGGUGGGGGCCGGAGGGGCCGUGGACCCCGGGGCCCUGCAGCAGCUGAAGCUCAUCCAGAUACGCAAGCCCCUGCUCAAGUCCUCCAUGGUGGACUCCAACAUGAGCGAGGAGGAGGUCAACAUGAACUACGUGCAGGACCUCCUCAGCUGGGUGGAGGAGAUGCAGGUGCAACUAGAUCGUGGAGAGUGGGGUUCAGAUUUGCCAAGCGUGGAAACGCAUUUAGAGAAUCACAAAAGCAUGCACAGGGCCAUCGAAGAGUUCCAGAUGAGCCUCAAAGAAGCCAAACAUAGCGAGAUCCAGAUGACUUCGCCAAUGAAACAGAACUACUCUGAGAAGCUGGGCAACCUUGAGACUCACUACGGGAAACUGCUGAACACCUCUAAGACCCGUCAGAAGAACCUGGAGAGCCUCCAUGACCUGGUGUCCCGGGCCACGCAGGAGCUCAUCUGGCUCAACGAGAAGGAGGAGGAGGAGGUGGCCUUCGACUGGAGCGACCGCAACACCAACAUUUCCAAGAAAAGGGAUUACCACGCGGAUCUCAUGAGGGAGCUGGACGAUAAGGAAGGGGCCAUCAGGUCUGUGCAGGACAGAGCCGAGCAGCUCCUCGGAGGGAACCAUCCAGCCCGACUGACAAUUGAGGCAUACAGAGCCGCCAUGCAGACGCAGUGGAGCUGGAUCCUGCAGCUGUGCGGCUGCGUGGAGCAGCACCUGCGCGAAAACGCCGUCUAUUUCGAGUUCUUCAGCGACGCCAAAGACGCCCAGGAUUACCUGAAGGGCCUUCAGGACACCAUCCAGAGGAAGUACGGCUGCGACCGCUCCAGCAGCCUUCACAGGCUGGAGGACCUGGUGCAGGAGUCCAUGGACGAGAAGGAGCAGCUGCUUCAGUACCGCAGCAUCGUGGCGGGCCUGGUGGGCCGGGCCAAGAGCAUCGUCCAGCUGAAGCCCCGCAGCUCUGACCACCCCGUCCGCACGUCCAUCCCGGUCAGAGCCAUCUGCGACUACCGACAGAUCGAGAUAACUAUCUACAAAGAGGACGAGUGCGUUCUGGCCAACAACUCGCACAGGGCCAAGUGGAAGGUGAUCAGCCCCUCUGGGAACGAGGCCAUGGUUCCCUCCGUCUGCUUCACUGUGCCGCCUCCCAACAAGGAGGCCGUUGAGCUGGCCAGCAGGAUCGAGCAGCUGUACCAGAACGUUUUAGCCCUGUGGCAUCACUCUCACAUCAACAUGAAGAGCGUGGUGUCCUGGCACUACCUGAUGACCGACAUCAAAGCCAUCCGCAGUGCCAGCGUGUCUUCGGCCAAGACUCUGUUGCCUGGGGAACAUCAGCUGGUGCUUAGCAACCUGCAGUCUCACCUGGAGUGCUUCCUUGAGGACAGUGACGAGUCGGAGGUCUUCUCCAUGGCGGACCGCACCCAGCUGGAGAGGGAGGUGGAUGCCUGCAGGGAGUACUACGAGGAGCUGCUCCGUUCUGCGGAAAGAGAGGAACACGAGGAGUCUGUGUACAACAUCUUCAUCUCGGAGCUGCGGACCUUCCGCAUGCGCCUCGAGGGCUACGAGGAGCGCCUGCUCCGCCAGAUUCGCACCCCUCUGGACCGGGACGACCUGGAGGAGAGCAUGCGUCGCAUCGUGGACCAAGAGGCCAUGCAGAAUGAGCUGGACCGGCUGAAGGAGGAUCUGGAGGCGCUGAAGGAGAAGUGCGAGGCGUUUGUCAGCCAGGCCUCCGCCUCCCUCCUCGCUCCCACCCUCUCCUCGGAGCUCAGCGUGCUCCUCCACAGCAUGAGCCAGGUGUACUCCAUGUCCUCCGUCUACCUGGAGAAGCUGAAGUCGGUGAGCCUGGUGGUGAAGCACAGCCAGGUGGCGGAGAGCCUGGUCAAACUGUACGAGGCCAAGCUCUGCGAGGAGGACGGCGUGUGUGCCGACGGCAAGACUAUCGAGACGGUCAUGAGCAUGCUCAAGCAAUGGCGCUCGGAGAUCGAUGAGAAAAGGGAGGUCUUCCACGACCUGGAGGACGAGCUGCAGAAGGCGCGAGCCAUCAGUGACCGCAUGUUCAAGACCCACAACGAGCGCGACUUUGACCUGGACUGGCACAAGGAAAAGGCUGACCAGCUGAGCGAGCGGUGGCACAGCGUGCACGCCCAGAUCGAGAGCAGGCUGCGAGACCUGGAGGGCAUCGGGAAGUCUCUGAAGUACUACCGGGACGCGUACGGCAGCCUGGAUGAGUGGGUCAGGGAGAUGGAGGCCAACCAGCGGUCCAUGCAGGAGAACCAGCCUGAGGACAGCAAGGCUCUCGCUGAGCUGCUCAACCAGCAGAAGGUCCUGGUGUCUGAAAUCGAACAGAAGCAUGGCAGGAUUGAGGAGUGCCAGAAGUACUCAGAGCAGUACUCUGCUGCCGUGAAGGACUACGAGCUGCAGCUGAUGACAUACAGGGCCAUGGUGGACUCGCAGCACAAAUCCCCCAUCAAACGGCGGAGAAUGCAGAGCUCAUCUGACGCCAUCCAGCAGGAGUUUAUGGACCUUCGAACCCGAUACACUGCCCUGGUGACCCUCAUGACGCAGUACGUGAAGUUCGCCAGUGAAACGCUGAAGAGGACGGAGGAGGAAGAGAAAUCUAUAGAGGAGGAGAAGAAAGAGCAUGGUGACAAAGUUAGCAAAUUGUUAGGCUGGAUGUCAAGUGUGAAAACAAGCCUAAGCAAAGAAGACAAGUGCCUGACAGACGGCAAGCACAGCCCCGAGUCCGCUAGUAAGCCCCAGAUUUCAAUGGAGGAACUCGCAACAAAGAAGGAACAGAUUGCUGAAGCCUUGAGGACAACCCAGCUGUUGUUAACUAAACACAGUGACAAGAUGACUGAGAAUGAGAAGCAGGAAGCCAAGGAGCAGCUGAAAUCUCUACACCAGGCGUACAGCGAGCUGUCCCAGCAGUGUGCUGAUCAGACUCCAACGGCCCAACAGGAGUACCAGACCAUUGAAGGUGUUCUGGAGGUCGAGAGCGGGAAGGUUUACUCUGUGUGCCGCUCAGUGCAGGGCGGGCUCAUAGACCAGACCACCGGACUCAGUCUCCUGGAAGCCCAGCUGAUCACUUCCGGGCUGAUUUUGCCUGAGUUCAGAAUGUGCCUGGAUUUGGACGAUGCCUUCAAGCACAAUCUGGUAGACGAACCCACCUACUGGCAGCUACAGGAUCUAAACGAGGCGCACAAGUGCAUCGUGGGUGAGCGGUUUGCCUCCGAACCUCUGCCUGUGAUUGCCGCCCUCAGGGAAGGUGCGGUCUCGGAACGCUCGGCCAUGAAGGUGAUUGAGAUCCAGCUGGCGACGGGGGGGCUGAGGCUGACAUACACUGGGGACGUCCUGAACCUGGAAAAGGCCUUCCAGUGCGGUCUGAUCCCAGCCUCGUUGUUCAUUCGGAUCCUGGAGAGACAGAACAACUGGAAGGACCUGAUUGACCCCAACACGGCCGAGAAGGUCUCGCUCGUCCAGCUGGUGCAAAGGAGCCUCGUUCACGAAGAGACGGGUCUGCGGCUGCUGCCAGUGAAGAAGGGACGCGAAGGCACCAUAUCCCUGAAGUCCGGGAGGGAGAUCAGCAUCCUUAGGGCAGUCCACGAGGGCCUGAUUGACCGGGAGACCAUGUUCCGUCUCCUAGGGGCUCAGCUGUUUGCUGGUGGCAUCGUGGACCCUAAAACGGGCCGUAAACUCACGGUUGAAGAGGCCUUGGCGGAGGGCUUGAUCGACCAGGACACUGCAAGUGGGGUGCUUAGCCAUCAGGCACAAAAUGGUGGCAUUGUCAAUCCCCGCAAUGGUGAGAGGCUGACAGUGGACGAGGCUGUCCAGUGUGAUUUAAUGAGCUCCAGCAGCGCUCUCUUAGUUCUGGAAAGACAAAAGGGCUUCAUGGGGCUCGUCUGGCCCCAGUCCGGUGAGAUCCUGACCGUGACCGCUUCCCUCCAGCAUGAAAUAAUCACAGAGCAGUUUGCCUACAAGCUGCUGAGCAACCGGCAGAAGAUGGCUGCUUUCUACAUACCAGAAAACUCAGAGGUAAUCGAUAUUGACUCUGCUGCAAAGGAGGGUUAUAUUGACAGAUACACUGCUGAUGUUUUGAAGACUAUCGAGAUACCAGAUGUGUUCCCUGACAUCGACGAGCUGAACCUUAGGUUUUCCACGUGGCUUUCGCUGAGGGAGCUACAGAUCGAAGGAUCUCAUCGAUCUGUGGAAGACCUGGCAAUAGAUGAGAAGUGCAUAAACAGUCCAUCGCCUACAGAGGCAAAGCAGCUGUUCAUCUCAUAUCUCAUGAUGAACAGCUACAUGGACCCUAAAUCAGGCCAAAGGCUUUUAAUAUUUGAUGGACAGUUAAACAAAAUAACACAACUUUUUAUGGAGCGUAUUGUAGAUUCAGGCCACGAUCCUGAGCAUGACACCUCAUCCUGUGCCACCUCCUCCUUUAUUGACAUACCUCUAAACGAAGAUGAUGUUGAGAAGGCAGAUAGUGAAAAUCUUCACUGUGACAGAUGUACGGAAGGUGCAGAACAUCAGUACCGUAAAGAUGUUGAAAGAGUGCCGGAAGAUCAAUGUGCAAAGACCUUUCUUUCAGAAGGGUAUCAUGUUCACGGCAAAGAAUACAAAGCAGACGAGAACAAAGAGAGAUCGCAAACAAGUUGUAAAAUAGCUGGUAAGCGGAAGAGCGGUGAAAAAAAAUCUGUGAGGUUUGAUUUCGAAUUAAAUAUUCCACCUGAAAGCUGGCUUGAGAAGCACGAAGGCAGAAUCUCUCCUCCAGAUCAAAUAACACAUGGUUUAGAAGAUGAAACCUCAGGUGACUCGGUAGAUUCGUAUCUCCACCCUAAAGGGAGCAACGCUGCAAGUCGCCCCACCCGGCCAGUGGUGAGAAACGUCACAUCCCCGCCACUGAACAUGGAGAUAUCCAGUGGUACAGACUCCAGCAUGGUAUCUGGAGACAGAUUUUCCAGCGAUCCUAAUCCACAGCUAUCUAGCGUGUCACAAGACCUCAUGAGCACGAAAGACACCACCGAGAUCACGACCUUGCCAGUGAAAUCGAGACAAACCACAGAGAACCGUGCGGAAGGCCUGCACCCAGAGGGGCUCUGGUGGGACAAAGAGGAACGGGAAAAUGCAGUCCUCCUCCUGAAGUCCCAGAUAGAAGAAGGUGGUAUCCUAGAUGUGACUUCUGGCAAGCGGUACGAUCUUGACGCCGCCCUCGAGAAAGGGCUCGUGGACGAAGAGAUCGCAUUUGAGGUCCUGUCCUCGCAGUUCCCGGAACAGGCCGUUUCCAGUGAACAACCCGCUGGCACCAUUUUAACCCUGAGAGAGGCAUCAGCAAUGCGCUCAAUUUCACCUUUGACAGCGCUGCGCAUCAUGGAGAGGCAGAACCUCUUGGGGGGGUUUUACGACUCAGAGUCUGGGAGUACCAUCAGCAUUAGUGAGGCUCUGGAACAGGGUUUCCUCACUGAUGAUUUAGCUGAGAAAGUUCUCAACUCACCUCCAGUUCAGGGUGACAUCAUUGGCUCAGAUGGUAGCCCCAUAAGUAGACGUGCUGAAGCUAUAAACCUAAAACCUUCAGAAAAUGUCACUGCUCAGCGCCUGCUAGAAGACCAAACUGUUUCAGAUGGUCAGGCUGGCAACGAACUGGGUGGAAAGAAGGUGGCAACCAUGACCUUUGACCUAACAGAUGGUAAACUUGGUGAAAACCGAACAGAGACUCAAGGUGAGGGCAGAGAAAAAGAUCUAAGUUUGCUGGGAAACACAAAGCAGUUGAGUGAGUUCUUAGACUCUUCUCCAUCUUUAGCCCCCAUUAGCCAUAGAUCUGUUGAUAUACAGAUGGUUCCCUCUCUGGAAAUAGAGGGAGGGCCCAUCUAUAAAGUAGCCAAUUCCUCUGUGCCAGAUAAAGAAUUCAGAAGACAGGGUUGCACUGAUGUGAGUUUGCUGGGUGAAGAUACAGGUAGACACGCUGUCAUUGAUAAGAGCUUGUCUGGUGAAGAUUAUAGUAGACAAGGCUUAACUGAUACGAGCUUGUCUAGUGAAUAUGUUUGUGGAAAAGGCUUCAUUAAUGUGGACUUGUCUGAUGAACAUGGUAGGCAGGGUAUUGUUAAUGUGAGCUCGUCUGCUAAAGAUACUAAUGGACAAAGUUUCUCUGAUGUGAGCCUGUCUGAUAUAGAUGCUGGUAGACAAACUGUCAUUGAUGUGAACUUCUCUGAUGAUGAUGGUCACAAACAAGACUUCACUGAUGUGAGCUUGUCUGGUAAAGAUGCUUGUAAGCAAGCUGUUAUUGAUAAGAGCUUGCCUGGUAAAGAUGCUGGUAGACAGGUUGCUAUUGAUAAGAGCGUGUCUGGUAAAGAUGCUGGUAGACAGGCUGUUGUUGAAAAGAGCUUGUCUGUUAAAGAUGCUGGUAGACAGGCUGUAGUUGGUGUGAGCUUGCCUGGUAAUGAUGCUGGCAGACAGGCUGUUUUUGAUAAGAGCUUGUCUGAUAAAGACGCUGGUAGACAGGCUGUUGUUGAUAAGAGCUUGUCUGGUAAAGAUGCUGGUAGACAGGCUGUUGUUGAUGUGAGCUUCUCUGGUGAAGAUGGUCACAAACAAGGCUUCACUGAUGUGAGCUUGUCUGAUAAAGAUGCUGGUAGACAGGCUGUUGUUGAUAAGAGCUUGUCUGUUAAAGAUGCUGGUAGACAGGCUGUAGUUGGUGUGAGCUUGCCUGGUAAAGAUGCUGGUAGACAGGCUGUUGUUGAUAUGAGCUUGUCUGAUAAAGAUGCUGGUAGACAGGCUGUUGUUGAUGUGAGCUUGUCUGAUAAAGAUGCUGAUAGACAGGCUGUUGUUGAUGUGAGCUUGUCUGGUAAAGAUUCUGGUAGACAGGCUGUUGUUGAUAUGAGCUUGUCUGAUAAAGAUGCUGGUAGACAGGCUGUUGUUGAUGUGAGCUUGUCUGAUAAAGAUGCUGACAGACAGGCUGUUGUUGAUAAGAGGUUGUCUGAUAAAGAUGCUGGUAGACAGGCUGUUGUUGAUGCGUGCUUGUCUGGUAAAUAUUCUGGUAGACAGGCUGUUGUUGAUAAGAGGUUGUCUGGUAAAGAUGCUGGUAGACAGGCUGUUGUUGAUAAGAGCUUGUCUGGUAAAGAUGCUGGUAGACAGGCUGUUGUUGAUGUGAGCUUCUCUGGUGAAGAUGGUCGCAAACAAGACUUUACUGAUGUGAGCUUGUCUGAGAAAGAUGCUGGUAGACAGGCUGUUGUUGAUGUGACCUUGUCUGGUAAAGAUGCUGGUAGACAGGCUGUUGUUGAUGUGAGCUUGUCUGGUAAAGAUGCUGGUAGACAGGCUGUUGUUGAUGUGAGCUUGUCUGGUAAAGAUGCUGGUAGACAGGCUGUUGUUGAUGUGAGCUUGUCGGGUAAAGAUGCUGGUAGACAGGCUGUUGUUGAUGUGAGCUUGUCUGAUAAAGAUGCUGGUAGACAGGCUGUUAUUGAUAAGAGCUUGCCUGAUAAAGAUGCUGGUAGACAGGUUGUUGUUGAUAAGAGCUUGUCUGAUAAAGAUGCAGGUAGACAGGCUGUUAUUGAUAAGAGCUUGCCUGAUAAAGAUGCUGGUAGACAGGUUGUUGUUGAUAUGAGCUUGUCAGGUAAAGAUGCUGGUAGGCACGCUGAGGUUGAUAAGAGCAUGUCUGGGAAAGAUGCUGGUAGACAGGCUGUUAUUGAUAAGAGCUUGCCUGAUAAAGAUGCUGGUAGACAGGCUGUUAUUGAUAAGAGCUUGCCUGAUAAAGAUGCUGGUAGACAGACUGUUAUUGAUAAGAGCUUGCCUGAUAAAGAUGCUGGUAGACAGGCUGUUGUUGAUAAGAGCUUGUCUGAUAAAGAUGCAGGUAGACAGGCUGUUGUUGAUAAGAGCUUGUCAGGUAAAGAUGCUGGUAGACAGGCUGUUGUUGAUAAGAGCUUGUCUGAUAAAGAUGCAGGUAGACAGGCUGUUGUUGAUAAGAGCUUGUCAGGUAAAGAUGCUGGUAGGCACGCUGAGGUUGAUGUGAGCUUGUGUGGUGAAGAUGCUAAUCGACAGGCUGUGGUUGAUGUGAGCUUAUCUGGUAAAGAUACUGGUAGACAGGCUGUUGUUGGUGUGAGCUUGUCUGAUAAAGAUGCUGGUAGACAGGCUGUUGUUGAUGUGAGCUUGUCUGGUAAAGAUGCUGGUAGACAGGCUGUUGUUGAUGUGAGCUUGUCUGAAGAUCCUAGUAGGCAGGACAUUCAUGUGAGCUCAGAUGGGAAAGACUCUAGCGGACAGAAUGUUGUUGAUGGAUCAUUUGAAUCAAGAAGUUCCAUUUGUGAAGACAUUGUAUCUGACAAGAGUUCAGAUUUACUUUCCUUGAGCCACAAGGAGGUUUCUAAAGAGGGAAAUGAACCCCUAAGGCAGCCAGCAACAGAUAACUGCUCACUUAGCACGACCAGCUGUCCAUCUCCUAAACCAGUCAGCAUAAUGUCAAGUGACAGACAGGCUGCAAUAGCACAUUUAGGGCCUGACAAGAAUGAAAGUCUAGUUCAGAGGGAUUUGAUGCCCAACUUGCCCAACAGUGAGAAGAAAGCAGAAUGUUUCCCAAAAGCAGUUGAUAAGCAUGAUGUGCUUAGAGAUGAAUCUGAACCAAUAAUUAAUGCUCCACCAUCACUGGGGUCUGUCGGUCAAAUAAACUGCCUUGUAACAGGCGGAAAAGGUUAUGACCACCCAGCUGAGACUUCUUCAAAGAGUAUAAACUUGUUUCUACCACCAGAAAAUGUGGUUUCGGCACAGCAGAGACUAAACAUUGAGGAGGAAUUUAGUGCAGCUGGCCUUUCUCGUGACACAGCAUUUUGUGAAAAAGGGCAAAAUCAAAGAGAGGACACCUGGCAGGAAGAGAUCUGUCUGAUUGGCUCUAUCAAGGAUGACCAAUCAGAAAGGCACAAAAAUGGAAUACAACUGGAAAGAUCUCAUAAUACUGGAAAAGGACAACUUUCUUUAGAGCAAAAUGUCUUUGAAGAAAGGUCUGUUAGAACAUCAAGUCUGACAUGGCCAUCUGAGCCAUCUAUGUCCAAUUUACAUGAAGCAGAUAUGAGCUGUACCACUGACAGCGGGCACAAUGGGAGCAAGAGAAAAGAAUCAUUUAUGGAGUACAUUCCACCAAAGUUUGCUCAUGUUCCAGAGUGUCACCAGAGAGAAAGUCCCAGAGCCACUCCACUGGCUUGUGAACAGCCACAAAUUUCACCCGCUGGAACCUGUGAAGGGGAGAUGCACAAAAUGACUGGUUUUAAGCCAGAUUCAGGUGGGUUCGAGGGGUCAGCUGGUGGGAUCAGCGGGUCAGUCUCUGAAACCACCAAACCCUCGGAUGUCAUGGUAAGCCAGAGGAAUGUGCCUGUGCCACCACCGCCAGCUCUUUACAGUGCAUUAAGGGACAGGCUGGACCAGCUAGUGAUGAUGAAGGUGGAGGGGGUGCAUGGUGACAGCUUGCGGCAAGUGGAAAUGCAAGCCUUAGAAGACAUCAUGGGAAUGGUGCAGAACGUCCCAGAAGAGCAGUUCCAGAACCUUGGGAGUGUCGGUGACACUGGCACUGCUGUUCAGAAGAAGGAUCUUCCACCCAGGCACAUUGACAGCACAAGCCCCGACCUGCUUAUAGACCUGCUAAAACAAGAGAGUCAGCGUUCAGACACAAGAAAGCAGCUUGGUGGCCAGGGAGAGGGAGAAGAGUCUUUUGAGGUAAAACAUACAGAAGGAAACCUGCCGGCUGAUGUCCAGCAGAUCCAGCGUCAACUGCUGCAGAUUGUUCAGCUCAUCUCCUCGGCCGGUGAUCCCGCCAUACUCAAAGAUGCCCUCCGAAAUCUCGGUGGCAUUCUGGGUAGCGAUUCCUCUGAGAACCAGAGCCAGAAGACGAAGGGUGCUGAGAAAGGGGACGCAGUUUGUGCUGCCGAAGGUGGAGGGGACCCUGGCAUCCACCUGGACCAACAGGUGGCGCUCACCUCCCACCCUCAAACUCAGGAUGCUAACACAGAGGACCUGAACAGCGGUGAAAGCCAGUCCAAACCACAGUACACCACUCAGAAUUAUCUGGAAUGCGUUGGCCGACUUCAGGAUCACGCUGAUUUAAUUGAGGAGAUGAAAAAUGACCUGGAGGCCCAGUGCCUUUUAAGCAAUGGCAUUGAGGGGCUGCAGAGCCAGCUGGAGGAAAAUAAGUCACUUGAGACACAGCUUGCCGCCCUGGCUGCCACGCUAACCGCCGACCUUGACGCGGCCGAGCAGCUGCUGGAGGCCGCUGACGAGCACGUUCCCACGCAGAUUUACCGAGACCUGGCGGUGGUUUCUAAAGACCUGCCGCGGGCCUUCUCUGACGUUCGCAAAAUGUCCACGGAGAAGGGCGGCGCCAUAGCGCAGGCCCUAGAAGCUGAAAAGGCACAUUUAGAGCUGUCCUAUCAAGACCUUUUGGGCUGUCUCCAGGAAGUCUCAGCAUAUGUUUAUGACAUUUCUGAGACUGUCUCCAGCCUGGAUAUCACAAACACCGAUGACCUGGAUACAGUAAAGCACAGGAUUGAGCAAAAUAAGGAGAUGGAGAAAGGCCUGUCUCACACGCAGCACCAGCUGGAGAACACCGCCUUCGAGGUUCAGUACUUCAUAUCUGAGCACGCUCAGACCCUGAGCCCCGCCCACAGCAAGCAGCUCCUGCUGGCUCUCACCGCCACCCAGAGGGCAUUCAGGGAACUGACGGAGAAGGUCUCCACCCAGAGGAGCACUCUGGAACUGCACCUGGAGAUCAGAGAGGAGCAGAGGCAGCAGAAGAGCGCGGUGGAGAAGCAGAGGGAGUACUCGGAGAAGCUGCAGGAGCUCUGCGACAGCCUGACGCAGACGGAGAACCGCCUCAUCGGCCACCAGCAGCUGGUCUCCGGGGGAGACGGGGUGGAGGACCUGCAGCAAUACCAGAAGGAGCACCAGGCCUUGCAGAAGGACGUCCAGGCCAAUGCCAAUGCCCUGACUGAGGUCCUCAGCAGCACCAAGAAGUUCCUGGAGGAGAACCGCAGCAAACUGCAGCCAGAGCAGGUGGCUGCCAUCGAGAGCCAGCUGGAGGAGGCCAAAGCCAAGGCCAGGCUGCUCAGCCAGCGCGCCGAUGAUUCUGGGAAAGAACUGGAGAAAGUGCUGACCACAGCCAUCAAACAGGAAACCGAGAAGGUGGCGGCCGUGGAGCAGCUGGAAGAGAGCAAGAACAAGAUCGAAGGCCUGCUGGACUGGAUCUCCAACAUCGGGAAGGACCGAGAGAAGGAGAGCGACCCCACGGACCGGACGAGCAGUCAGAACGGGAACGGGCCGCUGGACACCUCGCCCCAAGGCAUCGUGGGAGGACAGGACGACAACAACGGGAACUCGCUGUCGACACUGGACAACAUCAGCGCUGUGGACGGCAACGGCAAGGAUACACACGAGCUGGACCUGGACGAGCAGUACAACCGAAUAAAGGCGCGGCACCAGGAGGUCCUGUCCCAGCAGCAGGAGCUGAUCAUGGCCACGCAGUCGGCCCAGGCCCUGCUGGACCGGCAGGCGCACGCCCUGUCCCCGGAGGAGCGGGACAAGCUGCAGCGGGACGUCCAGGAGCUGCGCGGGCGCUAUGACAGCGAGCUGGCGCAGGCCGAGCUGCAGGCCAAGCGCGCGCAGUCGCUGCGGGAGGAGCUGCGCAAGUUCCGGGGCGACUGCGGCGAGUUCGAGGCCUGGCUGGGCGAGGCCGAGGGCGAGGCGGGGCUCCUGGGGGCCCCCGCCGGGCGGCUGGACGUCCUGGCCGACAGGCUGGAGCGCCAGAGGGCCUUCGCCGAGGACGUGAUCUCGCACAAGGGCGACCUGCGCUUCAUCACCGCCGCGGGGCAGCGGACGCUGGACGCCGCCAAGGCCUGCGGCGGCCCGGGCGACCCCGCCGACCGCCACCCGCAGACGGACAUCGACACGUCCGGCGUCUGCGCCGCCGUGAAGGACAGGCUGGCUAACGCGGCCGGCCGCUACAAGGCCGUCCACUCCCAGUGCACCCUGCUGGGCGGCAGCCUGAAGGAAGUGGUGGAGAAGUACAGGAAGUUCCAGGACGGCGCUGGGGGCCUGCAAACCUGGCUCGGCGGCUCGGAGAAGGAGGCCGCGCGGCAGGAGGCGGAGCCUAUCGCGGCCGACCCGCAGACCCUGCAGAAACAGCUGGAGGAGACCAAGGCCCUGCUGGAUGAGACCUCUCGACGACAGGCCGCUGUAGACUCACUACGCAAGACAGCCGACGCCCUGAUCACAGCAGAGGGAGACCUCCUGACCAAUCAGGAUGAGAUCCUGGAGACAGUGGACGACGUGGCGGAGCGGUACGAGGGCCUGUCGAAGUCCGUGGGCGCGCGGCACGAGCGGCUGCAGGUGACGCUGACGCGUUCGCUCAGCGUGCAGGACGGCCUGGACGAGGCCGCGCGCUGGAUGGACGGCGUGGAGGAGAGCCUUCGGCGGCAGGACCCCGUCCCCCUCGCCUCCGCCGCCAUCGGGGACGUGCUCAGCAGGGAGGCGGCUCUGGAGCAGGACAUGUCGAGCCGGCAGAGCAGCAUGGCCGCCAUGACGACGAAGCUGAGGACGUUCGCGGAAACGGCGGAUCCCUCCGCGGCCUCCUCCCUGCAGGCCAAGAUGGACGCCCUUUCCCGCCGCUUCUCGGACGCCUCGGCCAAGCACAAGGAGAAGGUGGCGCGGCUGGAGCGUUUGAGGGACAAGGUGGAGCUCUACGAGAAGACCUCCGAAAAGGUCCAGCAGUUUGUGGCCAAGCGCUCGCGGGACCUGUCCGAGACGGAGGGCCCGGGGAAGAACGUGGACGAGCUCUCCCAGCUGAUGCAGGACACAAACACAGAGCUGUCGGAGCAGGCCAAAGAGAUGGAGCUGCUGCAGAGGCUCUCCAAAGAGCUGUGCGAGGAGGGCUCGGAGUCCGACAGGGCCCAGGUGCAGGGCAGGACCGACAGCCUGGCCAACAGCUUCAGGGCCUUCACAGACACCGUGAAAGAGAAGGAGGAGGAGGUGUCCUCGUGCCAGGACCAGCUGGCGGAGUUCCGGGCGGCCGCGGACGCCCUCAGGCAGUGGCUGGACGACUCGGCGGAUAAGGUCCCCUCCGUGCCGGCCUCCUGUGGAGAGCAGAACCUGGCCAAGGCCCUGCAGAGAGUCAACGCCUUGAUGGAUGAGUGGACCGCCAAAGGAACUGAUGUUCAGGACAUUAACACCAAAGGGUCCUCUCUGUGCAGCCUCAUCAGCGUCCUGACCUCUCCUGCAAAAACCAAGCUGUCCCGCAGAGGAUCAGCUGUCACUAAUGGAUCAGGUCCUGGAGCUCACGCCUACCUGACCAACAAAGAGCUGAUGCUGGUGCAGCAGAGCAUGUCAUACAUCAACGAGGGGUACGAGGCCCUGGGGGAGCGGCUGAGGGGGCGGGCCGGGGAGCUGGACUCCGCCUCGCGGAAGGUUCGAGAGGUGCGGGAGGAGGCCGACACCCUGGCCGGAUGGCUGCGGGACAUGAAGAACACCCUGGCGUCCUGGGGCCCCGUUUCCACGGAGACGGGCUCCAUGAAAACCCAAAUGGAGAAGCAGAAGGCGUUUGAGGAGAGUCUGGCCCAGAAGCAGGGUCAGUUGGAGAAGCUGAGGGCGAAGCUGCAGGAGCUCAUAGAGCUGUACCCCGACUCCCCCGAGGCUGCGGGGUGGAAGCAGACUCUGGAGCAGAUAGAUAAGGUGUGGGCAGAGCUGCAGGGCUCAGCGGAGGAGAGGAAGUCCCAGCUGGAGAAGUCGUCUCAGCACAUGACGCAGUUCCAGACGGCCGAGGCCCAGCUGCGCCAGUGGCUGUCGGAGAAGGAGCUGAUGAUGAGUGUGCUGGGGCCGCUGUCCGUCGACCCCAACAUGCUCAACGCUCAGAAGCAGCAGGUCCAGAUCCUGCUGAACGAGUUUGACGGCCGCAGGCCGCAGUACGAGCAGAUGAACGCGGCCGCCCGGGCCAUCCUGAGCGAGCCGGGCCAGGCCGACCCGUCCCUGGCGGGCCUGCGGGAGCAGCAGGCGGCCGUGACCCGGAAGUGGGAGGGGCUGACGGGGCAGCUGGGCCAGCGCUCGGAGCGCAUCGACCAGGCGUCGGGCAAGACCGCGCGCUUCCAGGGCCUUCUGAGGGGGCUGGCCGACAGCACGGCCGACCUGGAGGCCCGCCUCCUCGGCCGGCCGGCCCCCGGCUCCCAGCCCGACGCCGUCAAGCGACAGCUGGAGGCGGCCAAUGAGGUGUCGGCGCAGCUGCGGGAGGAGAGGAAGAAGCUGGCGGAGGCGGAGUCUCUGUGCGCGGAGCUCUCGGCCCUGGUGGAGGAGGAGUACCUGAAGGCUGACCUGUCCCGGCAGCUGGAGACUGUCGCCAAGCCCUUCAAACAGCUGGAGGGGAGAGCGAGCCAGCGGAUAGAGGAGCUGAACUCGGCCUUCGCCAGCUCCCAGCACUUCCAGCAGAUGUCCAAGGACUUCCAGGGGUGGCUGGAGCAGAGGAGGCAGGAGGCCUGCGUCCCCAGGCCGGUGUGGGCCCGCUCAGAGGCCCUGCGGAAGAGCCUGGAGGAGCAGGAGGCUCUCCUGAAAGAGCUGGGGGAGCGGGAGGAGCCGUACCAGGCCAUCGUGCGGGAGGGGGAGGGGCUUCUGCGGAACACGGAGGGGGCGGAGCGGGCGGCGCUGGAGGGCCAGCUCUCCGCCCUGCGCUCCGGCUGGGAGGAGGUGAGGGGGAGCGCGGGCGAGCGGGGGGAGGCGCUGAGGCGCGCCCUGCAGGGGGCGCUGCGCUUCGAGGAGCAGUCCCAGCGGCUGGGGGCCUGGGCGGACGAGUGCAGGGCCCGGCUGGGUGGGGUCAGGCUGGGCGUGGACCCGGCGCUGGCCGAGAGCUCCGCCUCCCAGGCCAAGGUCCUCCAGCGGGACGUGGACAAGCACCGGGGGCUGGUGGAGCUGCUCAACAGCGCCGCCGACGGGCUGCUGGAGGCGGCCACCGCCGGGCGGGAGGAGGUGCGGGAGGAGGCGGCCGCCGUGGGCCGAAGGCUGGACUCCAUCUCGGAGGAGCUGCAGCAGAAGAAGGAGGCGCUGGAGACCCUGGCCCAGGGGGUGCGGGAGUUCGGCGACACCCGCAAGGAGGCGGAGGCCCAGCUGGAGGGCGCCAGGAGGCAGAUGGAGGCGCAGGCCGGCCUGGGCGCCCAGCUGUACAGCAACAAGAACCUGGCCAACGUGAAGGCCCAGCAGCGGACCCUGGCCGGCCUGCAGGCCCAGGUGGACCACCUGAAGAGCGCCGCCCAGGGGCUGGUGGUGGCCGUGCCGGAGGCCGAGGGCGUGACCGACCUCCUCCUGCAGGCCGACGCCCUGGAGAAGGACUACGGCGCGGUCCGGCGGGCGGUGGAGGAGCAGUGCGCCGCCCUGGAGGCCAAGCAGCAGGGGGUGGGCCGCUUCCAGAACGGCAUCCGCGAGAUGUUCGCCCGCUUCGCCGACCUGGACGACGAGCUGGACGGCAUGGAGCCGGCGGCCCGCGACCGGGCCACCCUGCGGGCGCAGCGGGACGCCGCCGGGGCCUUCCUGCCCAAGCUCGGGGGCCUGUCGGCCGACGUGGCGGACGCCGCCGCCCGCUGCCGGGAGAUGCUGGAGUCGGAGGCCUCGCCGGACCUGCCGGGCCUCAGGAGGGACCUGGAGACGCUCGGCAAGCAGUGCGGCAAGCUGACGGACCGCGCCCGCGCCCGGGCGGAGCUGGUGGAGGGCACCCUGGCCCGCGUGGACGAGCUCUACGCCAAGUUCCAGCGGUUCGCCGACAGGCUGGGCGGGGCCGAGGAGGGGGAGGAGUCCCAGGGGCCCGUCGGCAUGGAGACGGAGGUCAUCAACCAGCAGCUGGAAGCCUUUAAGGUCUUCCAGAAGGAAGAGAUCGAGCCGCUCCAGGCCAUCCUCCAGGACCUCAACUGGCUGGGUCAGGGUCUCAUCCAGAGCGCGGCCAAAAACACCAGCACCGAGAGCCUGGAGCGGGACCUGGAGAACGUCAGCGCCAGAUGGAACACGCUCAACAAAAAGAUCGCCGAGCGCUCAGCCCAGCUGCACGAAGCGCUGUUGCAUUGUGGGAGGUUUCAGGAUGCACUGGAGUCCCUGCUCAGCUGGCUGACGGACACAGAAGAGCUGGUAGCCAAUCAAAAGCCCCCGUCAGCUGAGUUCAAAGUUGUCAAGGCCCAGAUUCAAGAACAGAAACUCCUCCAGCGGCUCUUGGAGGACCGCAGGCCCACGGUGGAGCUCAUUAAGAAGGAGGGGGGUAAGAUGUCUGAGCUGGCUGAGCCCGCCGACAGGGAGAAGAUCGUGAAGGAGAUCAGUGGCCUGGGAGAGAGGUGGGACGCCCUGCUGACGAAGGCUGAAGCCAGACACAAGCAGCUGGAGAGCACCCUGGGCGUGGCGCAGCAGUUCCAUGAGACCCUGGAGCCCCUGUCUGAUUGGCUGAGCGCCACCGAGAAGCGGCUGGCCCACGCCGAGCCCAUCGGCACCCAGACCAAGAAGCUGGAGGAGCAGAUCUCCCAGCACAAGUCCCUGGAGGCCGAGGUGGCGGGUCGCGGUAAGGACCUGCAGCGGGCCGUGAGCCUGGGCCAGGCCCUGGGCUGCCUGAGCUCGGCGGACGACAGGGAGCUGGUGCGGUCGCGGCUGGACGCCUUGCAGGCGGGCUACGCGGAGCUCCAGGACCGCAGCCGGCGGCGGGCGGAGAUGCUGAGGCAGGCGCGCGCCAACGCGCGGCUCUUCGGCGAGGACGAGGUGGCGCUCAUGACCUGGCUGAGCGAGGCGCGGGCCCGGCUGGCCGAGGCGUCCGUGCACGACUACCGGACCGACGUGCUGGAGAAGCAGCGGGCCGAGCAGCUGGCUCUUCAUGAGGACAUUGAGCUCAAGCGGCAGAAUGUGGACCAGGCCGUCUUCAACGGCAUGGAGCUGCUCAAGCAAACUACAGGUGACGAGGUGGUGGUGAUCCAAGGGAAGCUGGAUGGAAUUAAAUCCAGGUAUGCAGAGAUCACCUCCAUGAGCGCCAAGGUGUCCGCCACCCUGGAGAAGGCCCUGUCCCUGGCCAGCCGGCUCCAGAGCACCCAUGAGGACCUGAACCAGUGGCUGGACGGGGUGGAGGCCCAGCUGGAGGCCUACCAGGCACAGGCUCCUGUGGGAGAGCAGCUGGCCCAGAUGCAGGAGAGGCAGAAGGAGCUCCUGAAGGAGGUGCGGGAGCGGCGGGCGCAGGUGGACGGGCUGAACGAGGUGAGCAGCGGCCUGCUGGAGCUGGUGCCCUGGCGGGUCCGCGAGGGCCUGGACAAGCUGGUGAGCGAGGACAACGAGCGCUACAAGAUGGCCGCAGACACCGUGGCCCAGCACGUCACCCAGAUCGACGCCGCCAUCCUGAAAUCGCAACAGUUCGAGCAGGCGGCUGACGCGGAGCUCGCCUGGCUGGCGGAGGCGGAGAGGAAGAUGGCGGCUCUGGGGCCGAUCCGGCUGGAGCAGAACGAGACCGUGGCCCAGCUCCAGGCUCAGAAGGUCUUCUCCAUGGACAUCCUCAGACACAAGGACACCGUGGACGACAUUGUGAGGACGGGCGAGGCCAUCGUGAAGAGCAAAGACGAGGAGGAAAAACAAGCCUUACAGGCAAAGAUCGGGGCGCUCCUGGAGAAGUACGGCGCGGUGAGCCAGCUGAACUCGGAGCGCUGCCUGCAGCUGGAGCGCGCUCAGUCGCUGGCCGCCCAGUUCUGGGAGACGUACGAGGAGCUGUGGCCCUGGCUCCAGGAGACCCGCUCCGGAUUCGGCCAGCUUCCGCCGCCCGCCAUCGAGUACGACGCGCUGAGGCAGCAGCAGGAGGAGCUGCGGCAAAUGCGGGAGCUGAUAGCCGAGCACAAGCCCCACAUCGACAAGAUGAACAAGACGGGCCCCCAGCUGCUGGAGCUGAGCCCGCAGGAGGGGCAGGCCGUGCUGGAGAAGUACACCAGCGCCGACCAGCUCUAUGCCCAGCUGAAGGCCGACGUCAAGCAGAGGGCCGCCACGCUGGAUGAGGCCCUCUCCAAGUCCACCCAGUUCCACGAUAAGAUCGACCCCAUGCUGGAGUCCCUGGAGCGCAUGGUGGAGCGUCUGCGCCAGCCGCCCUCCAUCAGCGUGGAGGUGGAGAAGAUCCGCGAGCAGGUCUCGGAGAACAAGGGCGUGUCCGUGGACCUGGAGAAGCUGCAGCCGAGCUACGAGACGCUGAAGCAGCGCGGCCAGGAGAUGAUCGCUCGCUCCGAGGGGGCCGACAAGGACAUAUCAGCCAAAGCGGUCCAGGACAAGCUGGACCUCAUGGUGUUCCUGUGGAGCGACAUCCAGGCUCUGCUGGAGGAGAGGGAGGCCAAGCUGCUGGACGUGAUGGACCUGGCCGAGAAGUUCUGGUGCGACCACGGCGCUCUCAUGGUCACCAUCAAGGACACCCAGGACCUCCUAAGGGAGAUGGAGGGGCCGGGGGUGGACCCCUCUGUGGUCAAACAGCAGCAGGAGACCGUGGAGAAUUUUAAGGAGGAGAUUGAUGGGCUCCAAUACGAGCUUGACGUGGUUCAGAACCUGGGGGCGGAGCUUAUGGCCUCCUGUGGGGAGCCUGACAAACCCGUGAUCAAGAAGAGUAUCGAUGAGGUGAACUCGGCCUGGGAGACUCUGGAUAAGACCUGGAAGGAGCGGGUGGACCGGCUGGAGGAGGCCAUGCAGACCGCCGUGCAGUUCCAGGAUGGGCUUCAGGGCAUGUUCGACUGGCUGGACAUCGUCGAGAGCAAGCUGGACUCCAUGUCACCCGUGGGCACCGACCUGGAGACCGUCAAACAGCAAAUCGAAGAGCUCAAGGAGUUUAAGGGCGAGGCCUACCAGCUGCAGAUUGAGAUGGAGCGACUCAACCACCAGGGAGGGCUGCUCCUGAAGAAGGCGGUGGAGGAAGCGGACAGGAGCGCCAUCCAGGAGCCCCUCUCCGAAUUAAAGAUGCUCUGGGACAACCUGGACGAGAAGACCAUCAACAGACAGCACAAGCUGGAGGGCGCUCUGCUGGCCCUGGGGCAGUUCCAGCACGCCCUGGACGAGCUGCUCACCUGGCUGACCCACACCGAGGAGCUGCUCAACGAACAGCGCAAGGCUGGCGGCGACCCCAAGGCCAUCGAGAUCGAGCUGGCCAAACACCACGUGCUGCAGAACGAUGUGCUGGCCCAUAAGAGCACGGUGGAGGCGGUGAACAAGGCGGGCAGUGACCUGAUGGAGUCCAGCGCGGGCGAGGAGGCCAGCAGCCUGCAGGGCAAGCUGGAGAACCUCAACCAGCGCUGGCAGAACAUUCUGGAGAAGACCAAACUCAGGAGGCAGCAUCUGGACAGCGCCCUGCUCCAGGCCCAAGGUUUCCACGGCGAGAUCGAGGACAUGCAGCAGUGGCUGAAAGACACGGAGCGGCAGCUGCUGGCGUCGAAGGCGGUGGGGGGCUUACCGGAGACGGCCCGGGAGCAGCUCAGCGCCCAUCUGGAGUUAUGCAGUGUGUUCCAGGCCAAGGAGGAGCUGUACCAGGACCUGAUGGGGCGGGGCCAGAAACUCCUGGCCGUCGUUCACGGGGGUCAGGACGCCAACACCGAGCAGGACCUCCGAAACCUGCAGGAGAAGUGGGAGAGCGUGCAAGCCAAGCUGGAGGAGAGAAAGGUGAAAAUGGAGGAGGCCCUGACCCUGGCCACCGAGUUCCACAACUCCCUGCAGGACUUCAUCAACUGGCUGACCCAGGCUGAGCAGACCCUCACCAUGGCCUCCCCCGCCUCUCUCAUACUGGAGACCGUCAUGUUCCAGAUCGACGAGCACAAGGUGUUUGUGACGGAGGUGAACUCGCACCGCGAGCAGGUGAUGGAGCUGGACAAGACGGGGACGCACCUGAAGUACUUCAGCCAGAAGCAGGACGUGGUGCUGAUCAAGAACCUGCUGAUCAGCGUGCAGAGCCGCUGGGAGAAGGUGGUGCAGCGGUCGGUGGAGAGGGGCCGCGUCCUGGACGACGCCCGCAAGCGCGCCAAGCAGUUCAACGAAACCUGGAGCAAGUUGAGCGAGUGGCUGGAGGAGUCGGAGAGGGCCCUGGACUCUGAGCUGGAGAUCGCCAACGAGCCGGACAAGAUCAAGGCGCAGCUGACCCAGCACAAGGAGUUCCAGAAGGCCCUGGGGAGCAAGCACUCGGUGUACGACACCACCAGCCGCACGGGCCGCGCCCUGAAGGACAAGACCUCCCUGGAGGACGACCACCAGCGGCUGGACGACAUGCUGAGCGAGCUGCGCGACAAGUGGGACACCGUGUGCGGCAAGUCCGUGGAGAGGCAAAACAAGCUGGAGGAGGCGCUGCUGUUCUCGGGCCAGUUCAGCGACGCCCUCCAGGCCCUGAUUGACUGGCUGUACCGGGUGGAGCCCCAGCUGGCCGACGACCAGCCGGUGCACGGCGACAUCGACCUGGUGCUCAACCUCAUCGACAGCCACAAGGUCUUCCAGAAGGAGUUGGGGAAGAGGACAGGAAGCGUGCAGGCACUGAAGCGCUCGGCGCGGGAGCUGAUCGAGAACAGACACGACGACUCUUCCUGGGUCAAAGUUCAGAUGCAGGAGCUGAGCACGCGCUGGGAGACGGUGUGCGCCCUCUCCGUUUCCAAACAGACGCGGCUGGAGCAGGCCCUGUGCCAGGCAGAGGAGUUCCACUCCACCGUGCACAUCCUGCUGGAAUGGCUGGCUGAGGCCGAGCAGAGCCUGCGUUUCCAUGGUGCCCUGCCCGACGACGAGGAAGCCCUGAGGGUGCUCAUCGAGCAGCACAAGGAGUUCAUGAAGAAGCUGGAGGAGAAGCGGGGUGCUCUCACCAAAGCCACCAACAUGGGGGAGGCCAUCCUGACCAUCUGUCACCCCGACUCCAUCACCACCAUCAAGCACUGGAACACCAUCAUCAAGGCGCGGUUCGAAGAGGUCCAGGCGUGGGCGCGGCAGCACCUGCACAGGCUGGGCGGGGCCCUGGAAGAGCUCCUGGCCACGCUGGACCUCCUGGAGAACCUACUGGGCUGGCUGCAGUGGGCCGAGACCACCCUGAACCAGAAGGACAAGGACGCCCUGCCCCAGGAGAUCGAGGAAGUCAAGGCCCUCAUCGCCGAACACCAGACGUUCAUGGAGGAAAUGACCAGGAAGCAGCCCGACGUGGACAAAAUCACCAAGACGCACAAGAGGAAGGCCACGACCGAGCCCCCCGUCCAGUCUCACAUCCCCAUCCUGGAGAAAGGGCGCCCAGCCAGGAAGCGGUCUCCCACGCAGGGCAUGUAUCCCGCGGCCGCCCAGCCGCCCAUCGAGACGAAGAACCCGCGGGUCAACCUGCUGGUCAGCAAGUGGCAGCAGGUCUGGCUCCUGGCCCUGGACAGACGGCGGAAGCUCAACGACGCCCUGGACCGCCUGGAGGAGCUGAAAGAAUUCGCCAACUUUGACUUUGACGUGUGGAGGAAGCGCUACAUGCGCUGGAUGAACCACAAGAAGUCUCGGGUCAUGGACUUCUUCCGCCGCAUCGACAAGGACCAGGAUGGCAAGGUCACCCGCCAGGAGUUCAUCGACGGCAUCCUGUCCUCCAAGUUCCCGACCAGUCGCCUGGAAAUGAGCGCGGUGGCGGACAUAUUCGACCGCGACGGAGACGGCUACAUCGACUACUACGAGUUUGUCGCUGCUCUCCACCCCAACAAGGACGCGUACAAGCCGCUUACGGACGCCGACAAAAUCGAAGACGAGGUGACUCGCCAAGUGGCCAAAUGCAAAUGUCCCAAACGAUUCCAGGUGGAGCAAAUCGGCGCCAACAAAUAUAGGUUCUACCUUGGAAACCAGUUCGGAGACUCCCAGCAGCUGCGGCUGGUGCGUAUUCUGCGCAGCACGGUCAUGGUCCGGGUCGGAGGCGGCUGGAUGGCGCUCGACGAGUUCCUGGUGAAGAACGACCCCUGCAGAGCGAAAGGACGCACCAACAUGGAGCUGCGGGAGAAGUUCAUUCUCCCAGAAGGCACCACCCAGGUCAUGGCCAGCUUCCGCUACCGGGGCUGGAGGUCACGACCCUCAUCCCGCGCCGCCUCCCCGAACCGGUCCAACUCCAGCCUGAGCUGCCCCGCCCAUCAGAUCCCAGCCGCCAGCAGUACACCCAAGACAUCCCAACAUUUGACCCGCAAUUAUGAUAAACCCUGGCUGACAAACAGCAAACCCUGCAGUCCGUUAAAGACCUCCGACUCCUUUGAAAGCCAGGGGUCGUCCUCAGAGACCACGCCCAUACAGGGCAGCAAGCUCCGCCUCCCCGGCUAUCUCUCGGGGAAGGGGUUCCAGUCCGGAGAGGAGGGUGCCCUCAUAUCAGCCGCGGUGACCAAAGCCAGGUCACAUGUCGUAGAGCCCAAGACGACCCCCAGCCGGCCCGGAAGCAAAGCAGGCAGCCGCGGGAGCAGCCGGAGGGGCAGCGACGCCUCCGACUUCGACAUCUCUGAUAUCCAGUCGGUGUGCUCCGACACGUCCGAGGCCCCGCCCGAGUCCGCGCGCGAGAGAGCCCGCCCCUCGCUCCGCCCGCGCGGCGGCAAGCCCUCCAAAAUCCCCACGCCCCAGAGGAGGCCCCCGCCCGCUAGCAAACCGGCAAAGGCCUCCAAGAGAUAGUCAGGGGGGGCCCGUCGCCACGCCCCCGGCCAAUCAGGCGCGGGGACUACAUGUGCGUUCGUCAUCUUAAGAAACGUCAUGAGAUGUAAAAUAUUCUGUAGGAAAAAAAAGAAAAGAUCGUUUUAAUAUCGAGCGAGGUUGGAAUGCCGAUGGCCUUGUGUAAUCGUCUUGUAUUUUAUUUCUUGUGAAUAAUGUUAUCAGAUUAUUAUUGUUAUUAUUUUAUUUUAUUUUACUGAUGCCAUACCUGGAAAGGUUCGCGAAAUUAAAAAAAAAAAAAAAAAAAAAGAAGUGAUGGAAAGACUUUGCGUUGUAAGAUAAACUAACGGUUUAACACACUUAUGUAACAGUAACACUGUGUUUUGAUUGGUUGGGAAGGGUUGCUGAAUGUACUGUCGAUUUCUGGAAACUGACCUGCGAUGUGGAGUUAAAAGCAUAUCACUGUACUCUGGAGCGGAAGAAACUGUUAUUUGUAUAUAAAUAUUUAAAGUGCAAUGAAGCGCUGCCAAAAUGCAUUUAAAAUGGCAAUACAUUAACACUAAAUGCCGAACACUAUGUUUCUAGCCUAAUUUAAACUGCGAAAGCAAGGAACUCAAUACUGCAGAUAAUUAAAUUAUUAUUCAAGAACAAGGCCUUGAACUCUUAGCUAUUUAACCUCAGCACCUGCAAUUAGUGUUAUGUUUGAUUAUCUUACAGCGAUGUGUGCCAUUUAAGUUGGAGAGGCGCCAUUCUGGCUCCUGCUAGUCAACAUUCUAAAGUGCAUUCAUGUCUGUGUAUGGUUCAUUUUGCUAGAGUGGAUGGGAAACGCUGUAACUCCUUUUUGUAAUAAACAUGCUUGCGGAAAGCUACGAUGGCAAACUGAA